CCCCUCUCCCUGGGGCUCUUCCAGGGCGCCCUGCUCCUCUUCUUUGCCCUCUUCGUCAUCUACGACAAGCCCUCGGCGCAGGCGGAGGAUGCCAGCUUGGUGGCCCACCAGCUCUACGGCAUCUUCCCCCUCUUCCAGGACAUCCAGGUGAUGCUGGUGGUGGGGCUGGGGCUCCUGCUGACGUUCCUGCCCCGCUACGGGCUCAGCGCCAUCGCCCACAAUUUCCUCCUGUUCAACUUCUCCACGCAAUGGGCGCUGGUGCUGCAGGGCUUACUCCAUCACUUCCACCACGGUCAGGUCCACCUGGACCUCCACAACCUCCUCACCGCCGAGUUCGCCGCCGUGACGGUGCUCAUCUCCGUGGGGGCCAUCCUGGGGAGGACCAGCCCCUGCCAGCUCCUUGUUGUGGCCACCUGUGAAGUCCCCGUCUACCUCGCCACUGAGUUGGCCAUCGUCACCCAUCUGGGCGUCCUGGACGUGGGGGGCACCAUCACAAUCCACAUCUUCUCCUGCUAUUUCGGCCUCGGCGUGUCCAAGGCUCUGUUCGGUGCAGCACAGCGGCCAGUGCACCCCAAGGAGACCCCAACACACCGCUCCGACCUCCUGUCCCUCGUGGGGACGCUCAUCCUCUGGGUUUUCUGGCCCAGCUUCGUGGCCGUCCUCUGCCAACCGGGAGAUGCCCAGCAUCGUGCCAUCCUGAACACCCUCCUGGCCAUGAGUGCCAGUGCCGUGACCACCAUGGUGGCCUCCAGCCUGCUGGAGAGAGACGGCAAGCUCAGCCCCGGCCACUUGCAGAAUGGCAGCCUGGCCGGCGGGGUGGCCAUUGGCGUGGUGGCUGACAUGGCCAUGCCGCCAGUGGCCGCUCUUGCCCUGGGCAGCCUCUCAGCCGUGGCAUGCGUCCUUGGCUUCAGGUUCCUCACCCCGCUCCUGGCAAGGAAGCUCGCCAUCCAGGACCAGUGCGGCAUCCACAACCUCCACGGCUUGCCCGGCAUCCUCGGCGCUGUGGCUAGCACCAUGGUCAUCCUGCUGGCAUCCAAGGACACCUCCAGGCAGGCACUGUGCCAGACGGCGGGGCUGGCAGUGGCCAUCGGCAGCUCACUGCUUGCCGGGCUGCUCACCAGCGCCGCGCUCCGGCUGCCCUGCCUGGCCCAGCCACCCGAGCAGCUCUGCUUUGACGACUCGCUGUAUUUUAAGAUCCAGGAUCAGACCGAGAGCCCGGGGCCAGGCAGCACUGCCAAGGAAGAAGCCCUGGCUCUGAAGGAUCAGGUUUAG